GCCCUUUUCUGUUCGCAGGUUUCUUAAAAAGUUCACGUCGCUACUGGCAAUAUGUCUCUUGAUCACGCGCACUGCCGCGAACAAUGUAAACGAGCCGCCGAUCCUGGAACCCAGCGGAUACCCGACGGGGUUGCCGUUAUCCGAAUCUACGAAAGUCGGCACGGAGGUGUUCGUCCUUAAGGGUCACGAUCCCGAAGGGUCGCCGGUGAAAUACGGGAUACAGCUCACGGACCACUUCGUCGUGAAUCCGCGGACCGGCGUCAUCACCUUAGCGAAACCUCUGAAUCGCGAGGAGAACGAUACGAUACGGUUUCGCGUGACGUUAGAAGAUGAAGUGCCGACGGGUCAGCAACCGAACAUCGUCGGGGUGGACGCAUACGUGAUCGUCCUCGACGAAAACGAUAAUCCUCCCCGUUUUCUGAACGUACCGUACGAGACCGUGGCCGAGGAGGACCUCCCAGUCGGCUCGACGAUUCUUCCGGGUAUUAGAGUAAUGGAUCCCGACCUGUUGGGUGACAUCAUAGAUCUAACCUGCGUCCCUCAGCCACAGUUCCUCGACGCCUGCGAGAAGUUCGGUAUAGUGAGCAUGGAGAAAAGCCAGAACGCGUAUGUGGGCGCCCUGAUGUUGCGACAGCCACUCGACUACAGGGAGAGGCCCUUUUACCAACUACUACUCAAAGCGAGCGACGGACUGAACAAUGAGACCACGGGGGUAGAAAUCAAGGUGGCAGACAUUCAGAACAGUCCGCCGGAAUUCCUGGACUCGCUAACAGGUGUGGUACGCGAGGACGAUCCCAUCGGAACCUUAGUUAUGACCGUCAAAGCCAGAGACGGCGACAGGGGAAUGCCGAGGAAAAUGAUCUACGAAUUGGUCACCAAUCCGUUCGACUAUUUUCUACUGGACGACGAGACAGGCGAGCUGAGAACGGCAAAGCCUCUGAACAGGGAAGCAUUAAAGGAUUCGACCGGAGUGCUGACGCUAAAAGUUAGAGCACGCGAACUAAUCGACGGAAUACCAGGCAACGACAACUUGACGGUGUCGACGGCCGAGGCGACGGUGACGAUCAAGGAUGUUAACGACGAGCCGCCUACUUUCAACCGGCGCGAAUACAAUAUCGAGAUUCCGGAGAACGUGCCGAACGGGACGCCUCUGCCGCACUUAGAUAUGACCGUCAAGGAUCCCGACGUCGGGCUGAACUCGGUAUUCUCUCUGCAUCUGGAGGACAUUACGGACGGGGCAUUUACCAUUGAACCGACUAUGGCGACUGGGAGCACGUCGGUCAAUAUUCGCGUCGCAAAUGGUUCCCUCGAUUACGAAAAUCCCAACCAGCGAAAAUUUAUUAUCCUGGUCGUCGCGGAAGAAGUUCACACGACUGCUAAGCUCGCCUCCACUGCCACUGUGACCGUCGCAAUCACAGACGCGAACGAUAAUUCACCGGUUUUCAGUAAUCCCACUUACACAGCCACAGUACUGGAAACUGCAGCCCCUGGCACGCCAGUUAUAACGAUCACUGCGAAAGAUCGCGAUAGCGGACGAUUUGGUACAGCCGGUAUAGCUUAUCAGCUUCUUGGACAAGGUGCUCAAAACUUCUCAGUCGAUCGAAAAACUGGAGCUAUCACAGUGGCUCCUUGCCCGACGCCCGGAACGAUGCCGUGUCUGGAUUAUGAGGAGCAAACAGAAUAUUUUCUCACUUACAAAGCGACUGACAACGAUGGACAGGGGCAAACGACUAGCGUCUCGUUGCGCAUCAGUUUAUCGGAUGCCAAUGACAGCCCACCACGAUUUCUGCAAGACAAGUACCGCGCCGUUAUAGACGAAGGAGCCGAAAAAUUCGAGCCCGACUUGAAAGUGCAAGCGCGUGACAAGGAUAAAACGUCGAAAAUCACGUACGCGAUCGUAGGCGGUGACGAGUUGGGAUUCUUCGAUAUCGACCAAGAUACCGGUGAAAUUACGAUCAAGAACAAGGGGCCGGUCGAUUUAACGAAUUCCACCCACGAUUGGAUCGCGCUCGUCAUACAAGCAAGCGACGGGAUGUUCGUCGAUUCCGCCAUCGUGAACAUCACGAUUCGCGACGUAAAUAAUAACGCGCCGGUAUUUACGCACGAGCUGUACACCGCGAGCAUACCAGAGAUAUCGCCGAUCGGAACAAUCGUCCAAGAAGUUACAGCGACGGACGCUGAUACGGGAGUAAACGCGGAGCUCGUUUACAGAAUACAGAAAGGGGCUUUCGAUGAUUUUGCCAUUAACGAGACAACAGGCAUCAUGACGGUAUUCAGGAAGUUGGAUUACGACAAUAAAAACAAGUACCACGUGGAAAUCAUUGCACUCGAUAAGGGAACUCCUAGUUUAACCGGAACGACGACGUUGAUCAUAAACGUUGAAAACAGCAACGACAAAGCGCCAUAUUUCACGCCGGAGACUCAAAGGGCUGAAGUCACAGAAGAUACACCUAUUGGCACCGUGUUUACCACGUUAAAAGCUACGGAUCCGGACAGUGCCAAUUCGGAGGCACUGAACUUUGCCAUUUCCGAGCCGAUCACGGCCAUCGACAGGAACGGUCAACGGGUUAACGACAGCAAAUCGUUCAAAGACUUUUUUGCUGUCGAUCGCGCGACUGGUCAAGUUUCUGUCGUUAGGCCGUUGAAUCGCGACGUUGCAGCAACGGUCAGCAUUACGGUUGUCGUCAGCGAUACGACGGCGCCUACGUUGCAACAGGGAAGAGGCACUUUGAUAGUCACGAUCAUCGACGUGAAUCACAUGGCGCCGGAAUUCUUGAAACCGUGGACAAGGGAGAACCCACGGUAUUUAAUCGAGAUGCAGGAAGAGCAGCCAACCGGAGCUGUCGUUGGAGCAUUCACCGCGAUAGACGCAGAUAGCAAUAUAGCGGGAUAUGCGAUCACGCCGCCGAGCCCCUAUUUCAAUAUCGACAACGUAACCGGAAUCGUACGAACGAGUCAAGUUAUCGACUACGAAGAAACGAAACAAUUAGAGUUUACAGUAGUGGCCUACGAUUCUGGAGUGCCUCAGUUGACCGCGACUGCCAAAGUGAUCGUUACUGUUAUAAACGUUAACGACCAGGACCCGAAAUUCGAGAAGGAAUUGUACAACGUUUCCGUGAAGGAAAACUCGCCACCGGGCACGCAUGUUGCCGUAGUUCGAGCAACAGACGGAGACGAAGGCCCAUUCGGAGAGGUCAGUUACAGCCUUAUUGGAGACCACGCCGCUGAUUUUAAUAUCGGUCAUGAGACGGGAGAAAUUACCGUUGGCGGUGCCGCCGUUCUCGAUAGGGAAGUGACACCGAAAAUUACUAUAAUAGUAAUGGCUAGCGAUGGUGCCCACGUAAAUGCCCGUCGAAGCACCACUGUGCCGGUGGUUGUUAAACUGAUCGAUGUUAAUGACAAUCGCCCGAUAUUUACGCAACACAGCUACAGAGCUUCGGUGGCUGAAAAUCUACCGGUAAAUCCUCCGGCCCCGAUUUUACAGGUCAGGGCUGUAGAUCACGACGAAGGAAUCAAUGGGGAAGUUUGGUACACUAUAGUCCUUGGAAACGAGAACGAAUCGUUUUCCUUAAAUCGUGAAACGGGUAUUUUGUAUCCUGGCGCGGCGCUUCUUGGCAGAGCUGGAUCGUACAGAAUCGAUAUAGAAGCUAGAGAUGGUGCCGGUAAUGGUCCACAUACGGAUAGAUGUCACGUUGAUAUACGAGUAACGUCAGUAAAUCAGCAUAAGCCUCAAUUCAUUCUACCAGAGCUGACGAACGCUACUGUUGAAAUACCGGAGAACACCGGUGUGCCAAAUUAUUUAAUAUUGACAGUGAAAGCGGUGGACAGGGAUCCUGGUGAAAAUGGGCGCAUAAGCUAUCAUUUAAAAGUCGCUAAUCGAAACACCCAAGAAACGGAAGAAUUUUCGAUAGAUCAGGAAACGGGCGAAUUGAGGUCGAAAAUCAUUCUCGACCGUGAAGCGAAAAGUAAAUUUGAGCUUGUACUUGUAGCUGCCGAUCACGGCACUCCCACAGCAUACGAAACAUUACGAUUGCUUACAAUACAGUUGGUAGACACAAACGACAACGCGCCACAAUUCUUUGACGAGUAUCAUUUUCAAAUAUCGGAGAAUCGCCCGAAAGAUUACUUCGUCGGGAAAGUAACCGCGGAAGACAAAGACGAAGGCAGACACGCGAAAGUUUAUUACUAUAUAGAAGCUGGAAACGAGAAUUACGCCUUUUACAUGGAUAAAUCCGACGGCAGCAUAUACGCGAAUAAAUCGUUCGAUCGCGAAACUCGAGACAAAUACGUUUUGUCGAUACUCGCCUCUAACGAUCCUGAUAUCUACAUAAAUCCGACGGAUGCUGGUCGCCCGUUAUCUCAUAAUACUGAUCACGGACAUGUAAAUGUCACCAUAACUAUCCUCGACGAAAAUGACAAUCCACCUAUAUUUGAGCGGAACGAUUACUACGCUGGUGUUAAUUCGAUGGCGAACGUGAACGAUUUCGUGACGAAAGUAACGGCGUCGGAUUUAGACGUCGGAGACAAUGGCACCCUACAUUACUAUGUCGCGAGCGCGAAUUUAUACAAAUAUGGUUCUGAUAAACCUAGCGGCUCUAUAGUCCCAAGUCCCUUCAACGUAACACAAGAUGGAAAACUCGUUACAAGCGGAUACAUGGCCGAGUAUAAUCAAGACAGGUUCAUCGUUGAAGUCGUAGCGAAAGAAACAGCUAUACCCGAAAGAUACGCCAUGACCAGAGUUCAUGUUUGGGUGUUCGAGGCUUCACAAUUAAUACGAGUUAUUUUGUCACGACCUCCUGAGGAAGUGAAUCGUCAGCGUGAUGAGAUCGUGACAGAGUUAUCGAACGCGACUCAAAACAGAGUCGUCGUUGAUGAUAUCCGAUAUCAUGUGGACGCAUCUGGCCACAUUCGCAGAGAAUGGUGUGAUAUGUAUUUACACGUAGUAGAGCCUAAGACUCAAACUAUCGCUCCCAUCCCACAAGUACUUAAAGUCAUUGACGCGAAAUAUGACUUUUUGAAAGAUUAUUAUGCUGGCUUCGCCAUUGAGAACGUAGUGCCUGCCUAUGCUGGUGUCCAGGAAGAACCUUUCGAUCCUGCAUUGGCGGCUUUGAUAGCCUUAUUAGUAGUUUUACUAGUUGGUGCGGUUACUGUAACGGUAGUUUGCUGCUGUUUACGACAUUGGGUAAUUACUGUGCCAAACGAUAUACGAAAGAAGGACGGCCUAAUAAAAAAACAAAUAAUCGACGAAUUAAAUACUACAGAAAAUCCUCUAUGGAUUGAGCAGAAACUAAAAUUAUAUGAGGAGCAGGAAUUAACGAUGCAAGUAUUUAGCGAGCCAGAAGGAGGCCUGGGUACGGAAAGGCGAGGAAGCGGAGUCAGCGUUGGAAUGGGUGACACAUCGCAAGAUAAUACCUACGCUACCAUCCAGCGUCCAAUGCCUACGAACAGGCACCGUCCAACGACGCCAGAUUACACAACACUUCCAGGAAACCACAAUCUUUACGAAUCAGCCAUGGGUUUCCAAGGGUCAACAUUCCAACCAUCCUCGAAUUUAAUUCCUCAACUCACGAUCGACCUCGAUGGCCAGCCCCAGUUUGUAUCAGCGCUAGUAUAAAUUCAGUUCUUCGCCAGUCCCUUUUCCCAAUCGACAUAAUAGAUUACCGUACGUUGUACCUCUCUAACUACGACUCCGACUGUUGCACGCGCCUUCCCGAGAGAUUAUACUCGCAUGCACACACCUUUUCGACAAUAAAUCGAAUAAUAUCGUUAGGUUUGUCUGCGAGUAGACGCGUGUACGAGGGGAGCACGAAAAUUGUCCCGAAUUACGCAGAAAAAGAAAAACACUGACUGGGUCUGCAGCUUUUGCUACUUCAGUUCGAACUUUUCAAAACGUCAAAGAGAUAGAUUGAAAAGUUAAACGGCGAACGACAGUCAAUAUUAUUGGAAUAAAAUACGUGUUAUUUCCCUGUAGCUGGUGUGUGCAUGUAUAUAUGUGUGCGUUGCCAACCUGUGGUCUCCUUCUAACUGACUGUUAGGCAUUGUUAGAAAAAUCAAAAUUGCUAGUAUAAUAGACACUGUGAAAUAGCUUAACGACCGGAGCUUGGCACGACAGAUAUAUGUAUAUAAAUGAAUGUGUAGACUCCGUCCAGCGCAGUUUUCUUAUUACUUCCUCACUAGUUUAGUAUUUAUAUAUAACUUCCGUACGUUUUACACGUGAAAGAAAAUAUGAGAACGUACUUAUAAUGUCAUUACGAACGAAAGAAUCACUGCCAUGUCGUGGCAUUAAUAUUAAAGAAAAUAAUGUUCUACGUAAGAACAGAACAAGCUCACGAUGUUAAGAGUAUUUAUAAGAAAAAAAAUCAAUCGGUAUAUCAGCUGCGUCGUAGGCUCAUGUGCGAUUAUUAUUUUAUAUAUAUAUAUAUAUAUGUUAUGUAUUUAUUUAUGUUAGAGUUUAAUGACUGAUUUUUAUCGGAUUAAUCUGUGAUUUGAUUACGCCCGCGUAUGCACUCGCGACAGUUGAUUCGCAAUUAAACUUCUGUAAGACUCAUUAGCGAUGGGCGGAUAUAGUCAUAUCAUAGCUAGUUAAAGCCGAGACGUUCGCAUCAAAUUUCGAUGUUAGGUAAGAACAUAAUCAUUCCGCGCGUCCUGCGAGCAUCUCUUCGCGUCAUUUCAAAUAAAAACCGUCCUCAACGAACGAAUCAUGCACAUUGGGGGUCUGUGAAAUUUAUUGCGAACGGCUCUCACCGUACAGUAUAUAUUAUAUAAUCAAGAUACAAUAACUUAAUUAUGAUCAUGUUAUGUCUAUAAACAUUUAAUGUUAAACUAAUAUCAGUAUCACGAUAUUACUAGAUGGUUAUGAAUAUUCCAGUUAGUAAAGAUAUCUGUUUAUUGAUUAUAAAUUUAUUGUAACAUAUUUUAUGUAAGCCAUUGGUAAGGAAAAUAUUCGUAUGUCGACAUUCAUCACGUUUCACAUCGUGUGAAAAUAAAUAUUCAAAUCUGUGUACAUUCAA